AUGCGGCCUUUCUCCCUUGCACUGCCCUCUGAUGGCCACGAGGAGACAUUGCCAUUCACACAGCCCCGUCUCUGCAGUGGGGACCCGGAUACCCAGCUGACGGUGGUGCUUCCUCCUGCUGACUGUGUGCUCCCCCUGCUGGCCACGGAGUGUGCCUGCUGUGGCCUGGAUGCCUACCGCGCAGUGCUGUGCAAUCCUGCCUCACUGCUCAAGCCAAGCGGCCACUUGACCACAGUCAUGCUUCGGCUCUUGUCCUGCAUGGUGGGGAAGCGUGAGUUCUCCUGCAUGGCCCUGGAGAGGAAAGAGGUGGAGCAGGCUGUCCUGGACACUGGCUUUGACAUCAAGCAGCUCCUGCUGACCUCUAUCACCAGUGCUGCCAACACAGGGGUCUGCUUCAUUGUUGUCCACAAGAGGCCUGGGCCCUGAGCCAGCAGGGCCAUCCAGAGGUCUGGCUAGGCUUGGAGGCCUCAGCCCAUCUGUCUGCUAGAGAGGAGU